GUUUGUCACGCGCUUUUGGUUCAGUACCAGUGCAAACAUGUCCGUAGACGUAAUGACCAGCAAGUUCGGUAACAUCACGCUGAAGACCAGCACGCCCAAWAAGGAUCCGGGCGACGACGACGUGGCCAUCCUGUCUUCAUUUCUUCCGGAAUACCUGAUGAGUCCCGCGGCCAUAGCCAAGAACAAGACGUUCGAAUGUUCGAUGAAACGGGACUGCAGACUGGGAGACCCCAAAGCCACCCCUCCAGGAACGAAAAAGAUGGAGUACAAGACCAGACAGUGGCACGAGAAAUGUUUCAGCUGCGUUGUGUGCAAGUCGGCCAUCGGCACCAAGAGCUUUAUACCCAGGGAUCAGGAAGUUUACUGCGCCACUUGCUACGAGGAAAAGUUCUCUACCCGUUGUGUUAAGUGUGACAAGAUUAUCACUAGUGGCGGUGUGACAUAUAAAAACGAACCUUGGCACAGGGAAUGUUUUACGUGUAGCCAUUGCAGCACGUCGCUGGCUGGACAGCGUUUCACGUCCAGAGACGAAAAACCGUACUGUGGAGAUUGUUUCGGAGAGUUGUUCGCCAAAAGAUGCACUUCAUGUGUUAAACCGAUUACUGGAAUCGGCGGCACUAGAUUCAUCUCGUUCGAGGAUCGUCACUGGCACAACGAUUGUUUCAUCUGCGCCUCAUGCAAGACCUCACUGGUUGGCAGGGGCUUCAUCACCGACGCCGAAGACAUCAUUUGCCCGGAAUGUGCCAAGCAGAAGCUCAUGUAAACACGGCCGCACCUAAUCGACACGACCACCACCCCCGCACUCCAUCAUAUGACUAAACGUUAUGUUUAUCAACGCCGUCUUAACGUCACUAUAUAUAUUAUAUAUUUAUUAUAAUAAUAAUGCAAAACACAUACCUAAGAUAAAGAAAUUAGUUGUC